AUGGUGAAAUUUAAAUCUAACAUGGUGGGUUUUUUUUUUUAUAGGAGAAUUACUGCAAUAGUGUUCUGCUCUCAACUGGACUGCUUGAUCACUGCAUCUCAAGAGCUCUCCAUUAAAGUAUGGGGACUCAAUUGGGAACAACGUGUGGUUUUUCAAGAAUCCAAUGGUAAAAUAGCAUACAUUUAAAUUCUCUUUGUCCUUUUAUGAUUUGGUUUGAUUUCUAUUUGUCCUCUGUGCCUAGGUGUUGUGAACUCUCUGUUCUACUGCCCUGCAUUACACAUGCUGUUAUCUGCCGCUGUGGGUGGUACAAUCAGUUGCUGGAAUGUAGAAGAGGGCGAUGUGGUUGAGCGUAUCCACACGGAGCAGAAAAACAAUCUCCUAUGUGUAGGAGGCAAUAGAAAAGGAGAUACUUUCUUUUCCUUUUCUCAUCAGGAAGUUGACAUCUGGUCCAUCAGUAACUUAUACACUCUCCACUGCACUCUCAAGGGGGACAAGAGAGCCCCGCUGAGACAAAUCCUAGUCACCUCUUUGCCUGCUCCUUUUCCCUUACGAGUCCUCUGUGUCAGCGGGGACAGCGACAUAAUGCUUGUGGCCUCAGACGCAGGAGCAGUGUUGACUUCCUUUAAGGCAAAGCAGAGGGUUUUGUGUGCAGACUACUGCAUGCAGAAGGAGAUUCUUUUAGUUCUGACUGAGACAGGUACGGUGCUCCAAGCUAACAUGCUUACCAAUCCAGCCUCUUUGAUGCAAGAGUGGAAGGAGAGGGGACAAGGACCAUGGCAGCAGAAAGACUAUGUGACUGGAAAGGUGGCCCAAAAUCUGCCUGUGCCUGGUCCGGCAUGCUGCCUGGUACUCUACUGUUCUUCGACUGAAACACAGGAUGCUUUAGAGGAGUGGGAGAGUUUGCAGGACAUACGAGGAUGUAGUCAAAGGAGCAAGAAAGAUCUUCAUGAUGCCAAGAAUAUGUGAGCAUUUUGUUCACUUUUAGAUAUGUUCAUAAAGUGCUCUUUAACAAAUAGGACACUCAUAUCCACAUCCUGUAAAACUCCUAAUGUGUGAUGAUGUUUUUGCAGGUUUUUGAUCAUCCUCGGCCAAAGUGGAGGCUGUGUGAGCAUACUGAGACUCAAGGAUGGGAAGGUCUUGUACAGGACACCAGCACACAAUGGCCAAAGAGUCACUGCAUUGCAUGCAUACCCUGAGAAUGGCUAUCUCUACUCAAUAGGUAUUUCCCAUAAGCUAUAUAUGAGACUUUAGAUUGGAGUUGGACCUAUAAGGUGUACCUGUGCUGUAUUUUACAACUUCACUUCAAUCUCUUAGGAGAGGAUAAGACAUUGAUGGUGUGGAAAGUAAACCCCUUCAGCCAGGAGUGUCUCAAUCUGCAGAUGACCCUGCACUGUGGUCAGCCUCAGGUCUACAUGGCAGCUCUGGGGUCACAGCUGGCUCUUACUUUCCAAGAGUCCUGCAGUGAUACCCACAAGCUGAUGUUCUUUAACCUCCUCAACCAGAGCCCGACUGAUGAGACACCUAUAGAGGGACAUUUGGACCAUAUCACAGGUCACAAAAAAAGAAAAAGAAAGAAAAUGUAUGUUGCACUUUUCAUAUGUAUGGUAGUCACUCUUUGGCUUUACUUCUUUUCUUGCAGGAUUAUGUGUUUGUCCUGAUUUAGAUGUGUUUGUGUCCAGCAGUCUUGACCAGACAGUUUGUAUCUGGAAUGAAAGGAAUCAGCUGAUCAGGUUGGUUUGUGGCAGCUCAGCUGUGAAAGUGCAUUAUAAUAACUGAUUCAUAUACUGUGUGUAUGUGUAUCCUUACAGUACACUGCAGCUGAAUGCUGUUCCUGAAUGUCUGGCCUAUGGUGGGUUAGGAGGGGAACUGUUUGUUGGCAUAAGAGGGGAUUUGUAUAAGAUGGACUGUGCAAAGUUCCUGCCAAACAUCUACCAACAAAUGGUAACUAGGAUAAAUUAAUUUAUACAUUUUCAACUGUGGCUGUAGAGCAAAAAUGUUUCUUUUAUCCCAUUUUAUGUUCACAGCUUCUUUAUACUUACUAUGCCAAGAGAGUUCCCGACUUCCCAGUCAUCGAGAAGAAAGAAAAGUGCAGCAAAAGAGAGUAAGAUUCACUCGUGUUUAAGAUAAUCAAAAACAAAGAUCUGAGUGACUAAUAUGCAUUACUGGUUGGAACAGAAACACGAGCACAGACAAACAUGAGGAUGAGAAAUUACAAGAAAUCCCCAGCAGUUUAAUAAUAACUGAGGACAUGUGGAGACAGAAGGUGAGUGUGAGAAAAACUGGGACAGCUUCCUACCUAAAUGACACAAAAAAGUCUUUACAUUGAGAUGUAUGCAUUUGUGUAUUGUCUCAGGAGCAUGAGAGGUUGCUGGUCUUGAACAAGGACCUGUCUGCACUUCUGGAAGGUUCGGUAAAAUGCAGGAAAGAGAAACCUCCCAGCACAAAGGAAACCAAGAAAAAGGCUUUCGAUCGCUACAUGAAGAUACUAUACAAGAUGCACUUCGAUGUACAGGUGACCUCAUCUUUCUCCCCCCAUGACAUUUUACCAAUUUUUCUUCAUAUUAUUUUAAUAAUGCAGAGAUUUUGGAAAAUUCUGUUUUCAGAUUGAUUUAGAAGACACAUUUGACUCCAACAAACUUUCAUUUAAUCCUACACAACAUGACUACGAGCCCUUUAGCCCUCCUACACUGACAGAGGAUGCUCGACCCAAAUCCAAAAUAAACAUUCUGGUGCAUACGGAGGAGGUAACACCGGUUUUUUUAUAAGUGUUUUUGAAUGCUACUUUAGAAUAAAUAGAUAGAAAUCUGUAGGUAAUGUUUUUGUCUCUUUCCCUGCAGGAGAAAAAGGCUCCAGAAAUAAAGCCCAAACCAAAAACCGUGAAGAGUGUCAAGCAUAUGCCUAUUUGCAAAGUCACACCAAAGAAACCUGUCGUCGUGGAGAAACAGAUGGAGCAGGAAGAGCAGGAGGAGGAAAUAACUGUAUUAUAAAAUACUUUGUUACACAGAAGAUUAAAGAAUGUAUUUAACAAUAGCCCUUAUAAGAGUGUUCAUUCAUUUGUGUUAUCUGCAUAUAUAUCUCUGUAGCUUCCAGAGGCCGUUCCGCCAACAGAUUUGCCCAAACCCAAAACUCCUACUCGUCGUUUUCAUCGUUUGAAGAUCCUAACACCUCCUCCGCUGCGUGCACCCACUCCUGAGGUUCCAACGUUCCUCAAACAGUUUGCAGAAGCAGACUGGUUCAGAGACCUCUUUCCAGAUGAAAAGGUAGCCAGACAUAUACACCUGUACUGUUUACAAAGUGCUGAAACCAAGCAUAUUGGUUCAGGAAAGAAUUUGAAAAGUGUGUGUUUAUGUGCAGUGUAUACCAAGCGACGUGUCUCCAGAGGACUUCUCCCUGCUGCUGCUGGGUGCUCUGAACACCUGUAGUGCUUCAUCUAAAAUGAAGGUCCUCACCGCCCUGGCAGCUCUGCACAACCAGGGACUCUUUCAUGAUAUAGACCAACUGUGCCGAGGCCUCACUGAUCUGAUUCCUAAAUCUGUGAGACCUCACAUGGUACUGUAUUUUCAGGAUUUAGACAAGCAUUGUACACUUUGUGGAGUAGAGCUUUGUGUGUAAUUGAUUUUUUUCUUGUGUGUUUCAGUCAACCAUGGAGCGGGCUGUGCUUGUUGAUUUGUUGAACCUUUUAGUUGAUCUGAAAUCUGUCAACAAUGACCUCAUGAAAAAAAUUCUCACGCUCCUGGCUUUUAAAAAGCUAGGUCUCAGGUGAGUGAGCUCUGACAAUAGCAUUCAGAAUGAGACUGAGCCAAGCUAGUGCUAAUAUUGGUCUAGUUUAUUUCCAGGUGCUUUGCUUGACCCAAGGUUGGGUGAUGUGGACUCAGUGUCUCAAACCACUCCAGUAAAACAUCAGAAAUGUUCAUGUUUUACAUAAAUGUGUUAAAGUGACUCCGAAUUUGUAUUAUUUGGUUUGCUCUUAGAGAAACAGUCCUUGGCAUGCUGGCUGCAAUAGGUGUAAAAGAGGCUGAGCAGUGGUUGUGGCCGGAGCUGAACAGGUGGGAUCUGGAGUUGCUGGACCAGUCUAAUGUCUGGAAGAACCUCCAUGACAGAGCAGAUUGUUGGCUGGAGUUGUGGGUCUCCAAAUACAAGGUGGGUAGAAUAUUCAUUGCCAACAUUUUGAACCCAUAAAUGUAACAUCUUGUGUGAAAUGUUGUGACUGAAGGUCAGACAGGCAUUUGAAAACUGAGAGGCACUAUGUCUGGGAAUCGACUCCCAGCUGCUCCUUCACCGUGACCUUCACUCUAAAUAGGACGACAUGAGAGCUUGUCACACUGCUGUUGACUGGAAUAACUGUUGGUGUUGUGUUAGCGAUUAACUGCUGUCUGCGUCUUCUUGCAUGUGGCCAGGAACAUGACAGGUAUCUGUACCUCAGGAGUACAGCAAAGUGGAAGCCUCCAACCUUCAGCGCAGUGGAUGUGCUCAAUUAUUUCUGCUCUGUGCAAAAAGAAGAGUACAGAAAGGCUAGUUUUGUUGUGCCUGUUGAUCCCCAAAACACUGUGCUUUUGCCUUCAUAUGACUGGUAUGUAAACACCAUUUAGGUAUGACACUUGAGUGCUAUAUUUUAUUAAUUUUUCGUGUCUGUUUGUGUAUUAGCUCUCAACCUAUUCUUCGUCUGGGAGAGACUCACUGCAUGGCACGAAUAUGGAAACCUCAAGGCAAGAUAUCACUGAACUUCCUACCUCUGAUCAUAUGCAACUUUGCUUGUAAAAAUCUAUCUAUACUAUCUUCUGCACUUUUAUCAUGCAGGUCUAACUCUGCCGCCACUGAGAAAUCGCCCCUUCCUUAUGCAUUUCCCCGGUUUCAUCUCUCUGCCAAUAUCUCGAGUCACUCUCAGUCCUUUCCACGUCUACUCAGAGGAGGACUGGGUGAAAGCUACAGCACGCCGUUACUUCAUUCAUCCGCAGUCCUAUGUAGAGUACUAUAGAUGA